GACACGGGUAACGACGACGGCAGAGCGCCCAGCUAGCAGAAUCUGUUGGGCGCCAAGUGAACUGGCUCACCUCAGAUCCCGCGACGGCGUUGCGCUCCCCAUCACUCUGUACGCUGCGGCACGUAUCCUCUCUCGCCCGACCAUCUUCGUUUAUGGAUGGGCUCUCUCGUUCGCCGAAGAAAGACUCUGCUACAUCCGCCCUAGACUUCACUGGCUCCCCCGCUGGACUUGGCGUCUCCCGCCCGAGUUCUCCUACAUUCAUGGCCUCGGAACCCCGGAGCAGCUUCGCGCGUCGGCGAGCGAGCUGGGGACGCGUCGAACCAGGGCAGGAUCCUCUGCGCGUCGACAUGGAGCACCCGCCGCCCCCAAAGUCGAGCUGGAGACUCGACGACGACCCCUUUGCUUCGCCGGUGGACGAGCGGCCGUACGAGAUGCCCUACCGCGACACCCGCACUCGCUACGAAGACGCUACAGGUAGCUUCCAGACAACACAGGCAGGUCCCUCUUCUGUGUCUCUCAUUUCCGAGUUCCGUGGGUCCGGGGACACGUUGGACGGGCAGCGGGAAGACGACGAGGCGCGGUUAACGGGUAACAUGGACCACGCGGGCGCGAAUAGAGCCAGCGUUGGCUGGGCUCUGUCAGACGGGGAGGACCCGGAGCGAUUGGGCGCGUCAGCGCGCUCGCGGCGGAGGGCAAGUCGCUACGGCGCGUCGCCGUCGCCGUUGAAAAAGACGGGCAACACGCUCAAACUCAUGACGGGCAACCUGCGCCGGGCGUCGAUACGUGUCGUGAACUUUGCCGGCUUCGGCCUCGAGGAGCAUGUGCGACUUGUGGACGCAGAAGACGAAUCUCCGGAGCACACGCUUGUAGACAAGGGACAAGCGGACGACGCGGGCGACGAGGAGGAGGAGGUUGCAACCCUGCCGGACCUGUCGCGCAGUCUCCCCAUUCGGGGGCGCACGCUGGGUUGUCUGGGUCCGACGAGCGGGAUUCGUAUGGCGAUGUACCGUUUCCUAGUAUAUCCAUGGACAGAACCUUUCAUACUUCUCCUAAUCAUAUUCAACGCAGUAGUGCUGACGAUGCAAUCACAUAUAUCGAUAGCUCUCGAUGCCCCAGACCCAUCCAACCCGCCACAUCCACCAGAGAUAGGAGGUUAUUUCCACCAGUGGGAGGACUAUGCGUUGUUCGCAAUGUUCUGUUUCUUCACGCUCGAGGCCUUUGCCCGGAUGAGCGUUUCGGGCUUUCUGCUGGACCCUGAUGUCCCCAUAUCAUCGCUGUUCACGUCACUCUCGUUCUCUACAUACCCGCACCCUUCGAUACCCUCAAUGCACAUGGAAACGCAAACACCACUCUCCCGCAACCCUUCGUCGCUUUCUCGCAACGCAUCUCACGGCCACUCCUCUGCUCGCACCGCUUCGCGUCCCAACGUCGUCCACAAACUGCAGCACUUUGCGCACAAUCUUGCUCGUCCGUUUGCUCUGCAACAUCACGCCCUGUCUCUCCCUCCCCAGCCGACCCCCGUAUCUUCUUCCACCCCGCAGCGCACGCCGUCCACCCAGCACUCUCGAUCCGACACCACCAACUCGCGGACCGCCAUCCUGGAGCCUGCCGUUGCGAAAGCGCAAGAGGCCUACGCGCACAUGCGGAACCCCUCGCAGCCGACGGUGUUCUCGACGGCACUGCGCUCGGACAACCCGGAUGUCCUGGGGCUCCCGUUUCGUCUCAGUGUCGCGAAUGCGCGCACGCAGACGCAACGGAAUGUGCCGUACCUGCGGCACAGCUGGACCCGCAUCGACUUCGUAGCUAUCGUUGGCUUUUGGGUCUCCUUCGCCCUGGCCACUGCUGGUGUCGAGAGGGGAGAGUAUCAUAUCGGUAUCUUCCGUGCGCUGAGUGUCUUGCGCACUGCUAGGCUACUAGCGAUCACAUCCGGUACAACAACGAUCAUGCGAUCACUGAAAACCGCUCGUCCGUUGCUCGCGAGUGUCGCUUACUUCGUGCUGUUUGCUAUGAUACUGUUCUCCAUUAUUGGGAUCCAGUCCUUCAAAGGCUCCUACCUUCGCUCGUGCAAUCUACUGCCCACUCUAGGAGAAGACUACACCGAUAUAGGUCAAUAUUGUGGUGGCUACGUGAAUGCCACCACUCUUGAAGUAAUGGGAUACCUGAAGCAGGAUGGCACUUACGGUGCAGCCAAGGGUUACAUUUGUCCGGCUGGCCAGAUCUGCAUGGAAGACCCAACGAAUCCGGACAGUAACAUGGAGAGCUUCGAUACGAUCUACUACUCUGCACUGCAGGUGUUCAUCGUCGCUUCUGCCAACGGUUGGUCCCCGAUCAUGUACAACAUGAUGGACGCAGAGUUCUUCGUAUCCUGCUUGUUCUUCAUCGCCUGCAUCGUUGUGCUCAACUUCUGGCUCAUCAACUUGUUCAUUGCGGUCAUCACCAACACAUUUGCGGCCAUCCGGGCGGAUACGAAGAAGAGUGCAUUCGGUGCCGCAAUCGAAGCUCCCGCUAUCGACGAGAAUAACGAAGGCUGGACAAUGGUGGAUGGCAGGCGCGUCUCGACGCGGAACCGGAUCAAGGAAGUGUACGAAAGCAUUCGCUGGUGCUGGGUGGCACUGGCGUUGGCUUCCCUCAUUCUGCAGGCCACUCGGGAAGUGAGCAUGAGCGACACGCACGAACAAAUCCUGAACAUAGGCGAGCUGGUGAUCACCGUGGCCUUUGACAUCGAGAUCUUCAUCCGCGUGGGCGCGUAUCUCCCGGACUGGCGCGCUUUUUUCCUUCGUGGACAAAACCUGCUUGAUCUGCUGCUCGCAAUCGUCUCGACUGUCAUCCAGAUCCCCGCUAUCCAUAACUCCACCGUCUACCCGUGGUUCACGAUAUUCCAGCUUGCACGAUUCUACCGGGUCAUACUGGAGAUCCCGAGGAUGAAGCCGCUGCUCCUUGCCGUGUUCGGAAACAUGUAUGGUCUGGCCAACAUGACGUUGUUCCUCGUCAUGCUGAACUUCAUCGCGGCGCUCGUGGGUGUUCAGUUGCUUCGGGGCGACAUCCCCCGGGGAAACUACAUCGACUACGGUCAGAUAUAUAACUCGUUCCUCGCCGCAUAUCAGCUCUUCUCGUCGGAGAACUGGACGGAUGUACUCUACGGCGCUGGUGGUCCCGAGAUCCCCCUCCGACAGGCACCGGUCAUAGUCCUGUAUCUGACCGGUUGGUUUGGGCUUGCGAACUUCAUCGUGCUGCAAAUGUUCAUCGCGGUUAUCAACGAGAACUUCGAGAUCGCCGAGAAUUCGAAGCGGAGCAGACAGGCGUCCCACUACUGGGCCUCGCACCGCCCUCAGGAGACUCCGAUGCCUUGGCUCCAUAGGCUGAACCCGUACCGAUGGCUGAAGGCACAACCGAAAGCGAUUGCGGUGGAGCAGCUGCCCUCGGAACUCAUCCUUCCGAUGCAGAAGACCCUGGUGGAUGCAUAUCCCAUGCAGGAGAAGGUUGCGACAGAUGAACCAUUGACACAGAGCAUCUUCGAGAAACAGAGUGCGAGAUCUUACUUGCGUCACCUGCAAAGACUGUUUGCCGGCGAGACAGACGCCGUUCGCGUACCUCUCGCGACGAUCCGUAAGAAUCGUCGGGAUUCUGCAGCACCUCAGGAUGCGAUAGAUGAAGAGACUGAACGGCAUCUAGAACUGCUGGCUACGCUGAACUCGGAAGCAGCCGCGGCGGAAGACUUGACUGACAUCCUCUACGAGCGACGUGCUCAAAGAGCAGACUUCAUUCGCGAUCACCCCACAUACGACAAGACAUUCUGGCUGUUCUCCCAGAAGAACGUCCUCCGCCGGUUCUGUCAACAGCUAGUGUCUCCUGCAGGGGGUGAGCGUAUAUUCGGUGCGCAGCCAUCUCCCAUCGCGCAUCCAGUCUUCCAGAUCGUCCUCGUCCUGGCUGUCAUCGGCGGAAUUGUGGUCGAAUGGAUAGCCACUCCUACCUAUCGACGCAACUAUCAGAUACAGUACGGGGAGCUGCGCGGAUCCUGGUUCGACAUCGCAGAAGCGACAUUUGGCUUCACACUGUUAUUGGAGUUCAUCAUCAAGGUCAUCGCCGAUGGAUUCGCCUUCACGCCGAAUGCCUACGUGCGCAGUAUAUGGAACAUCCUGGACUUCCUCAUCUUGGCCGGCAUCCUGGUCAACCUGUUCAACAGCCUCAUUUUCGUUGCCGGUCUCAGUCGCCUCACCAGGUCGCUCAAGGCGUUGCGAGCCCUUCGUCUCAUCACUCUCAUUAACGUCAUGCGUUCGACCUUCGAGUCGCUGAUCAUAUCGGGCGUCGCACGAAUCAUGGACGCGGGUCUCCUGGCCAUCCUUUACAUGAUUCCUUAUGCUGUCUGGGGGCUCAACAUAUUCGUCGGACUGAUGAAGGAGUGCAACGACGACAACGUUUCCAACGUAGGGCAAUGCGUGGGCGAAUACUCGAACACCAUCUACGGCGACUCCUUUGGCUUCGUGGUUCCUCGGGUGUGGGCUGAUCCCUCGCCGUCUACGACAUUCUCGUUCGACAACUUCCGUGCUUCUCUGCUUAUCUUGUUCGAGAUCGUUUCGCUGGAAGGUUGGAUCGACGUCACAACGGUCGCAGUGAGCCUCAUAGGGCAAGGCGAACAGCCCCAAAUGAACGCACGACAGUUCAACUCGAUCUUUUUUCUCAUCUACAACCUUCUGGGAGCGGUCAUUAUCCUCACCCUCUUCGUCAGUAUAAUCAUCGGAAAUUUCACCUCGAAGACCGGGUCGGCAUAUCUUACUCAACCGCAGCGCGAAUGGAUUGACUUGCAGAAGCUCAUCAAGCGGCAACGACCCUCACAGCGACCAAAACGCCGACCUUCAUGGCGGAUCAGGGCCUGGUGCUUCGAUCGUGCAGUGCACAAACAUGGCUGGUGGCAUAAAAUGAUGACGGUAGUAUUCACUCUGCACGUUAUCGUUCUGAUGACGCAGACACUGGGCACUACUUCAACGCUUGAUCGUACACGCGACGCAUUCUUCUUCGUAGUCACCGUCAUAUACUCUCUCGACACGCUUGUGCGAUUCUUUGGCCUGGGCUGGCGCAGUUUUAAUGCCAACGGCUGGAACAUCUUCGACUUCAUUAUAGCCGCAGGAAGUCUUAUCACAACCUUCGUUGUCGAUUUUGGCCCCAGUGGCUACGCAACACAACAGCUGCAAAAGCUGUUCAUCACUUCAAUCGCCUUCAAGCUGGUGCAGCGCACAAAUUCUUUGAACAAGUUCUUCAAAACAGCUGUGGCAAGCUUGCCAGUGAUUAUCAGCCUACUCUUCCUCUGGGUCAUCCUCUUCUUUUUCUUUGCUAUCAUGUAUAUGGAGGUUUUCAGCAUGACGAAGUGGAGCUCCGCGGAAACAAGAUAUCAAAACUAUGGCACCAUGUCAAGAGCGUUGGUCAUGCUGGCGUUCAUGACGACAGGGGAAGGUUGGAACCAAUACAUGCAUGAUUUUGCACUGGAGUAUCCUCGCUGUACCGUACUGCCUAAUGGCGACUCCGACUGUGGAAGUGCAGGUUGGGCGUUCACCUUGUUCAUCGCUUGGAAUCUGCUCAGCAUGGCGAGUACUUUCCAUUACAUCUUCGCCAACCUUUUCGUCGGUGUCGUUGUCGAGAGUUUCUACUACGUGUUCCAAAUGUCGGGUGGAUCGAAGUCCAUCACACGUGAAGAGAUGCGUCACUUCAAGAAGGUCUGGGCCGAGUUCGCGAACCCUAAGACAGGGUACCUGGAGCGGGAUCGCUUCGUGCCUUUCUUCGGUAAACUGAGUGGGAUCUUCGAGGUCCGGAUCUACCCCGUGGAAUUCAGUAUUCGCCGUAUAAUGGCACGAUCGCUGGCGGACCAAUCUUCGAACUCUCCUUGGCCGACGACGGUGGUAGAAGGCAUGGAUUUGGACAAGCUGAACGUAACACUCAGCGGGAUAGACCGUGCUGCCAUCAAGCGGAGGAAGAACUUGUACAAUCGACUCUACCACGAAGCUCGUAUCUCCCACGAACCUGGAAAGGGCAUAUCGUUCACAAAUAUGCUUUUACUCCUGGCGCAUCACAAGCUCAUCGUUGACAGGGAUGCCCUGGUGCUGAAGGAUCUGGUUAUACGAACAGAAACGAACAAGCUAGUCACAGACCUUGUGGAUUUUGACCGUGUUCAGUCCCUCUUGCUCAUGAUAUCAUAUCGGCGAAGAUAUUUGGCAAUGCGCGACGAAAUACGACGUCAGAAAAUGGUGGAUCAAGAAAUACCUGCCAUUGUUGUCGGUGAUCUGCUCGCCACUCCCCCUCUCAUGACUCGCGAUAUUACUUCACCGGGACGGAGGAGUUCCAUCGAUCGCGUUGUUGAACCCGAGUCUCCAAUGUCCCCAACUUUCGGCGACCGCUUCCCAGAUUACACGCUGACACCCGAGUCGCCUUCGCGGUCGUAUUCACGGAGGAGGGUGAGCGACAUCAGCAUGCUGUCGUUGAGUCCCGGACUUUCGCCCGACACCUCCGCGCGCGAUCCUCAUUCACCAGUAGAUGAUGCGCAGAACAUUAUUGCCGCGAUGCAAGGAUCUAUUUGGAAUGCUGACAUCGGGCGGAUAGACAUGAUGCUGGAAGCUGAAGAGGAGGAAACAUAG